UCUAGCUGCAGCAUUAUUGAAGGCUGGCUGCACAUAACCGCGUCUGAGACAGAACUUGUGCAGUGCCCCCCUUGAUUUGGAGUUUCGGGUUUUGGCAAUGCGACAAUUGUAUUAGCAUAAUUUACAUUAGGCCGAGCCAACUUCAGUCAGCGGGGCUCGCGCUUCGCUCGAUCGCCAGGACGCAGGGCGGCCUGCAGCCUCUCCGUUUUGCUGGGCGAGCCUGCUAGCCGUUUGGCGGCCGUAGGGCGCCCGCGGGAGAAAUGGCGGACGUGUUCGGGUUGCCGGAGGCGGGCAACCGCGAGCGCGAGGCCCAUGCGGCCAAGAUGAAGGAGUUCGAGCUGCGGCGCAAGAUCCGGCAGGUGGUGGUGCCCACGGAUGACGGCAAGGUGCGGCAGCUGCUGCGGCAGCUGGCGGAGCCAGUCACGCUGUUCGGAGAGCGCGAGGUGAGCCGGAGCAGCGGCGGCGGCAGGCGGCGCGGAUGGAGCGGCGCGAGCGUCUGAAGCG